AAGUGUGAGAUGGAGGAAGGAGGAGCGGUGGUGACGGAGGAGGUUCACGUUCACAUGCUUAGUUCUGCAUUACAUGUUGCAAAAGAGUGAAGGCAGGAAACACAGAUGACACACUCAACGUCUCUCUGCUUCACACUGAUACCACAGACACACACAGGAGGAGGAGGAACCAGACAGUAAACCAAGACAGAAGACAAGAAAGAAGGAGAAAUAAAAGGAGAACGUAAAGGAGAGAGUCAACAAAAAGAGGUGCAACGAAAAGAGUCAAAAACAACGCAGAGGAAAAAGAAGGAGGUGAAGAGGAGCGCGCCACAGCAAGAAGAAAGGAGAAGGAGGAGGAGGAGGGAGAAAAGAGGAAGAGGAUUCAAGAAAAAAUUAGAAAUAAGAAGAAGAAAAGAAACUAAGACGCAGAAGAGAGACAAAGCAGAAGAGGAAGCAAAAAGUUAGAGAGGAGGUGAGGAGACAGAGACAAGACAGCAGAAGACAGGAGGAGGAGGAGGAGGAGAAGGAGGAGGAGAAGUGGAAAGUGGAGCAGAAAGAGGAGAAGAACGAAGAGGUGAGGAGGAGAGGAGGAGGUGCAGCAUCAUCAUGGAGGAGGACAUCAGGAAGAAGGGGAUGCUGUACCUGCAGCAGCAGAGGUUUGGAAAGAAGUGGAAGCGUGUGUGGUGCGUCCUGUACAGAGAGAGUUCCUGUUCGAUUUCCAGACUGGAGUUCUUUGAGUGUAAAGAUGGAGGCAGUGUGGAGAAGAGCGACAAGAGUCUACGCAAACAGCAGGAGCACAAGAAGGUGAUCCGUCUGGCGGACUGUAUCCGGGUGUCUGAGGUGGAGAUGGACGGAUGUCCCAGAGACACGGGACCCUUCCUGAUCGAGACCACAGAGAAAAUCUACGUGUUCGCCGCAGACCGACUGCAACUGGACGACUGGACACACAAACUGUGUGAGAUCGCCUUCCCUAUGAAGUGGACAGAGCACGGGGUGAAGAGAGGCAGCCUGCAGAGAGGACACAGAGUGGAGGAAGAGGAGGGGAUGGAGGACAACUCACUGUACAGCGGCAGAGAGACAGUAGUGCGUGACUUCAGAGUGUGUGUUCGGAGGACGGAGGCGUCCGAUCGCUGCAGGCUGAAGGGAGACGGGUUCCUGCGAGCAGAUGUGGACGCUCUCUUCCUGAUGGACAAGAGCGGUGACGUGGUGUACUCCUGGCCGUACAGAUACCUGCGCCGCUUUGGACGAGACAAGUCCACCUUCUCCUUUGAGGCUGGCCGGCGGUGCGACUCCGGCGAGGGCAGCUUUGAGUUCGACACCAAGCAGGGGAACUUCCUGUUUCAGGCGGUGGAGGCCGCCAUCAACCUGCAGAGGAUCUCCCUGCCCCAGAGGCAGACGUCCGGGGGGGGCCAGCUGAGUCCAGAGACCCCCCAGGACAUGAGCCUGCCCCCCCUGCCCCUCAACCCGCCCCUGGCCCAGAGCAGGACGCCACCGCUGCCUCAGCCACGCAGCCAUGUCCCACAUCCCCCUGCUGCUCAGGCAGCCGACGGCGUGUACAGCAUGGUGACUGAAACUCCAAACAACCAGAUGAUUCAUCACAAAGACAAAGAGAGCUCCUCUUCCUCACAGCAGCAGCAGCGCCCCCAGAUGUCUCGUCUGGAGCCUCCGGUCGACAAAGUGCUGACGGGUGUGAAGAGUUUGACCUUGGACACUCGUGGCGUCCCCAUCCCGCGUAAGAACCAGGUCAAGAUGAUCUCCAGCUGUCCUCUGCCUCACGCCGGCCCCGAGCCCGGCCCCCACUCAGCCCUGGGCCCCGGCUCCAAACUGGACCAGAUGUACUCCCAGAUCACCCUGCCAGCUGCUGCAGAGCGAGGCACCAAGAGGGACAACAGGAGCGGCGGCACCCCUCCUGUUGUCCACCCGGAGCCGGAGUAUUCGCUCCCCUUCGACACCAUCGCUGUGAACACCAUGGCCGACAUCCUGAAGUCCCAUCAUGCUCACAGACCUGAGUCCGGCGCCGACCCGCUCUACGACAGCAUCGAUGAGAUGAAGAUCAGGAACAUCUUCACAAGUGAUGCCACUGCCACCGCCGCCACCGGGCCAACAUACGGAAAGAUUGAGCACAUCUACGAUGAGCCCGAAGGCUGCGCCAUCCCCACCGCCACAGAGAAACCUCCCACCUCGUUGUACGACGACCCCGAAGAGAUGAGAGGAGACGCCUGGAGGAUUAUGGGUACCCCUGCUGACCCUAAAGGUCAUGAGUACCCAUACAACCCUCGGGUGGACGACUACGCCGUUCCCAAACGAGCCAAGAGGGCGAUUCCUGUUGCACAAAGCACUGAUGAAGAGGAAGAAGAAGGGAGGGAGGAGCCACAGGGGGAGGAGGAAGAGGAGGAGCAGAGGGAGGAGCAGCAGGAUUCACCGUACAACAACGUGAUGGUGAAGAUGGUGUAGAUGAGACAGGAAGCAGCUGUGAGCGUUAACAUGUGUUAGGCUUAUUAUUUAAUCAGUAAUCAGAGACGAACACUGAUGCUCGCUCAGAGCGCCAUCUUUACUCUCAUCGUUUCACGGCAGCGUCCUCGUCCUCGUCCUUGUCUCUGGACGACGACGUCAGUCAGCGUCUUCUCUGUUCAUGAUCAUGUUUCAGUUUGCUGCUGACUUAUGUUCUUUACAAACUUUUAUUUUCAUCAUCGACUGAUCAUUUAUAUAAAAUAAUAAACUUUAUUUAUACAACAGGUUUCAAACAAAGUUACAACCAGGAGCAAAAAUAUUUCAGGACAUCGAAUUAGACGAUCACAAGAGUUUGAGUUCAGAUGGAGACAGAAACAUAAAGAUAGAAAACACCAACAUCAAACUGAUCAGACAUGUUGGAAAUAAAACGAGCGGCUCGCAUUAAUAACCAGCUUCUUCUUUUUUCUUUUUUUUCUGCUGUGAAACCUUCAUCACCUUCAGUUUUCACUCAAUAAAAUGUCCGACUGGAGUUACAUCUCUGGGGAGGUGCACGUCAGGCUGCAGCAUAGUCAUUUAGUCCCACCGGUCACAACAGUGACUGCAAAACAAGUUUUCAGUUAUAAGGCUUAAAAAUGUCACUGAAUGAUGUGUUGAUGCAUUUUCAGCAAAUAUUUAAAUAAUAAAGUGUCUCAGUCAAUUCUGUGCAGUGUCACAUGUUCAGUGUAAACUGUCACAUGACCAGAGCUGUUAACUUCCUGGUUGCACCCAAGGCUAUUCAAGAGAAGGCUGAGACACGGGGUCAAACUUGGGGGGAUUGCACAUGCGCAGUGUAACUUGAGCUGCGAUGCUGGAGGGUGACAGCAGGGGCGCUAGAUAAAAAGCGCAGGAUCCGCUCAGGCGAUCAAGGAGUGCGCUUGGUGCGGUCUGCUUGGACUUUUGGACGGCGGCUGCUUAAAGUUGUCAGAAUUGCAUCUCUGUCAUUCUCACUCACAACGCAGGCCACCAGUGACAGUCCAGUAAUAAGCUGUGAAAAUGACAUGCAUGCACAUCCCCCUUAUUCCACGGUCUCACGCCAUCUACUGAGCCUUUGAGGAAGUGCAGACCAAAUUUUACUGCGCAUGUGCAAUCCCCCCAUGUUCGACCCCGUGUCUCAGCCUUCUCUUGAAUAGCCUUGGUUGCACCAUGAGACGAGGACGGCCGCAUCAAACAAAAGGUCAGUAAAGUCUAACGUGACAACAGCACUGAGGAUUUGGGGACACGUGUUCUUUAACGUGCUCAGUAAAGUACGUGUUGAUCAGGAGGGCCCAAAGCUUUCAUCUCAGUAUCUCAGAGUCCACCGUGACAUCCUCAAACGUCUCUUUGUCUCUAAUCCACAGUCCGGAGAUCCCACAGACAGACAGACAGACAGACAGGUUACACCAGAAUAAUAACCAGGUUAUGAUUAUAUUCAGAUGUGGUGUUUACAUAAACACAUAGAAUUCAUACUCCCUGUUUUCAUCCUGGUUUCUGUUGGAGCGCUCCAACCAACACAUUCUGGUUUCUCAUGAACAGAAGACGGUGUUAACAUGUUCAAACACAUCAUAAACAUGUUGUUCAUGUAAAUGUCCUCAAUGACUCAGAUCACAUCUCAGUAUGAGACACAGGAGGACCUGGACCCACAGACCGUCUGAUGGUUGCUCUUGAACAUGAUGACUGAGUCAGAUCUGUGAUGAACACACCUGCUGCCUUCUCUUUCAUUUCCUCUUAUUUUCACUGCAACAUUUUCAUGAAACCCUCUGUGGGUUUGAACAGUGGCAUUCUCUGUGCAGCUCAUGAUGUAACACACACUGUAUCUGUUAUUAACU